AUGUUCACAAAGGAAUCAGUGAAACCAGUAGAACUGGAUACUGCAUGGGCGGCUCCUGAACUUCACAUUAAAGAGACGCCUGUUACUGUUCAAAGUGACGUUUGGGGCCUUGGUGUGAUCACUUUCUGCCUAUUAGCCGGAUUCCAUCCAUUCACAUCUGAGUACGAUCGACCGGAGGAGCGACUGAAUGGAGAAGACGAGGCAAUUAUCUUCAUGGUUCCUCGCCGCUUGAUCCUCAAAUGGGUACGAGAGACGGGAAUCAAUCAGAGUGUGAUAUGCGGCAUCUCGCCUUCGAAAGACCGCUCUUCUCACGAAGCAGUCUCAAACCCGGCCUAUCAGCACCGAUUUGGAGCUGAAGUAUGGCGGAAAAUUGAUACAGUAACGAAAAUUUCGGGCUGA